AUGAAGCCAGAUCACGCCACCAUUGUUUCAGUUCUUACAGCUUGUUCUAGUCUUUCAUCACUAAAAGGAGGACAGCAAACUCAUGCCAUCAGUCUUAAAAAUGGAUUGGACUCACCGUCACCUGUCUCUGUAUGUAAUGCUGUGGUUACCAUGUAUGGCAAAUGUGGCAGCAUCUUUGACGCUGAGUUGGCUUUCACUCACCUCAACAAUCCAGACGUUGUUUCAUGGAACGCUAUAAUCUCUGCCUUUUCACAUCACGGCUUCUAUGAAAAAACUCUUGCUUAUUUUGAGGAGAUGAGAUUGAAUGGUUUUGAGCCAGAUGGAACGACAUUUCUUAGUUUGUUGUCUGCGUGCGGUCAUUCAGGCAUGGUGGGCGAGAGUUUGUACUGGUUUGACUUGAUGACGAAAAAUUACAGAAUUCUUUCCUGGUCAGAGCACUAUGCUUGUUUGGUCAGUGUAUUAAGCCGAGCAGGCUGUCGCGCCCAUUCAAAUGCAGAGCUAGGGCAAUUAGCUGCUGCAAAAGUUGCAGAAUUUGAUCCUCAGAAUGCCAAUGCUUCUAUUACUCUUUAA